AUGUUAUACCUGAGCAGUACAACUUAACAACACCAUCUCUUUCUUCUCCUCGGCCUUGCAUGAGUUCAGAAAGUGUCGGUCAUGGUUGAAGGAGCCUAAGCGUCCCGGCGCAUAUCACGGUUGUCGGUGCCGGUGAUGCGAACGGAGGGCGCCGUAGUGUCGUUGUCAUCGUCGUCAGUGCCGGUGAUGCGGACCGAGUCGGCCGUAACGUGGUUGUCUCUUCGCCAAUUACGGCUGUCGUCGGCUUUGUCGAUGGCGACAGCGGGCAUGCCAUUGUCCCGUCGCAUGUCACGGUUAUCGGUACCGGCCGUGCCGAUCGAGGCGUCCGGCUUGGCGUCGUCCUGCGUUGUGUUCUGGUUGCUUUGGAUCUCGCUUCUGCCCGCCAGGCGUGAGGAGGGCAGGGCCAUUGCCGCGGUGGCGAGGCCGAUGAGGAGGAUAUUCAGCUGCAUUUUCCUGUACUUUGGGGUGAUGGUGCUUGCUGGAUGUUUAUGGAUGGAAUAACGGAACUGGACUAAAGCCGGGAGCAGGAAGCUUUAUGUCUUGCCCGCUUGCCCUUGAAACUGGGUCUCAAGCUGCUUGAUUUCCUUUACCUGUACGACACGACGGAUAGAAUGCUGACCCGAAGAAAUGUUCGGGGUUCUUGAGAUGGAAAGCUACACUACGCUUGGCGAUAAUGAGGCUGUGUCCUGGGCCUUUUCGAUUACGGAUAACUUGAUCAUAAAGAACGGACUCGUCUCAGGUAUCUUUUCCGCUAAAUUUCCUUCAAGAGCAUCAGGAAUAUCGGAGAGCCUCUCAGUUCGUUUCAAAGCUAAGUUUCAUGUGUGGUCCGACAUUCAAGAUAAACAUUACGCAAUAACGCUCCCAAAGGGGUGUAGUUACGUAUGCAUCGGAUUCCAAUGCGACUGAGCCAUCAUCCUAUGGUACAAUGUCCAAUGAGGUGCGCUUAGCCAAGCAGGUCUCUUCCAAU